UAAAAAAACCAUGGAUAUUAAAAUAUGUCGAGUGUGUUUGGAAAAGUCGGAAAGCAUGGUCAAUAUAUUUGAUCAUAUCGGCAUUUUAGACAGAAGGAUUUCUAUAGCGGAUAUGAUAACCCAGUGUACAGGUUUUCAGAUUUUUAAAGCGGAUCCAUUUCCCAAAACCAUAUGUGCGCCUUGCAAGCAGGAUGCCACAAAUGCAUAUGAGAUAAAACGACUUUACGAGACGAGCCACAAGGUCUUCUGCCAAAUGGGAAAGGAUAUGAAGAAGGCGAGAAAGAAAUAUCUGUCUACGAGGACCCUGAAAUUAAAAAGAACCCUUACAAAGUGAAGAACGGUUUCGAAAAAGGUACGACAGAGAUCGACAAAUUAAGAGAAGAUGAUUUUCGAGUAGAGAAC